UCAAUAAUAGCGGGCAGCGCUGCAAGUUUCGUGUUUCCUCUUCUUCCUAAUGAGUCAGCCUUAGCUUUUUUUCUUUCCUCUGUCCCGAGGCACCGCGCGUCUAUCGUUGCACAUUCCUGUCGCCUACGUCAUCACUAUGUCUGUAAUGCCAUGCAUGGCAUGUGAUGCUACCACACACAGGGAGGGCAUCGCGCAUGGGCAGUGUUUUCUUAGAGGCUUGUUUGCCGCGCUGGCGAGCGCUGCCAUCUGGCCAUGAUCUGGCUGAGCCGAGCAGAUCGUCAUUGUGUACCGUUAUAUACACCUUGCAUCGAGUGUGUACUCAGUCAAGAGACAGAUUAGACCCGUGUCAACCGGUAGGAGAAGGUGCCUGUAGAAUUUUGAAACAUGUGAACACACUUUUGUGUUCCUGCGUAAAAAUCCCUACCGUCUACUACAAAACAUUUUGACAGAAGUUGUCCACACAGUCAUACGUUGAGGAGUUGAACACUGCUGUGUUGUGGCUCGUAUGGACAUUGUAAUUUUCCGGAGACAUGUCAUCAUCGUCGUCACACGCACAGCAGUCAGUACAGCUCAGAAUGCACCGUCAACACUGCUAUCUUUGUGACCUCCCCCGAACGCCAUGGGCUCUGCUACACGAUUUCUCCGAGCCCGUGUGCCGAGGCUGUGUCAACUAUGAAGGGGCGGAUAGGAUUGAACUGGUCAUCGAGUCCGCUCGACAAAUGAAACGGGUGCACGGAUUUCAAGAGACUAAGCCGUUUCAGGUGCAGAAACCGGGCCAAAUGCCGCCCCAGUCGGCCAGCGUUCCUCCUCGACCAAGCGGGUUGUUGGAAACUGCUCAUGUUGAGCCUUCACCGAGAAGCCUGCCAGGGUCACUCUCCAGCCACGCCGAGCGUUUCCUGGGUCAUGAACCAAACCGACCAAGAAGCAUCCAUGAUUUCUCCACCGUGCAGAGACUUGGUAACGGCCCCGUUGGACCCUACCUUGUUCCCGAUGAGUCUGGGGAGAACAGAUCGGGGAGACCGUUACAUCACAGCGCCAUCAGUCACCAAACACCGAGUCUGCUUCAUCAUUUGAACACACCAACCUCAAGUAUGUCGGCGACGGUAUUGCCUCGGCACAGCGUGGCUCCGACCGGUCCAACACCCUCCACUGUGUCCUCAACCGCCUCCCUGCGAGCCAAACGCAGCUCCAGCGACCGUGAUCGGGAAGAGAAAGAGGUAGGUUCGUCGGCGUUUCCAAUCGAGGGCGCAGAGCGCCGAAUCACGCCAACCUCGGAGGACCCGUAUGGACAGCGCCCGGGAAUCGUUCGUCAAACGCUGGCAACUCUCUCAAACUGCACCCCCUUUGAGGUAAGAUUCAAGAAAGAGCACAGUCGAAAGGGGCGUGUGUUUUCCUUCGAUGCCACCUACAAACCGGGUAUGGAUUACGAACUGAAAAUUUUCAUCGAGUACCCAAGUGGGUCAAAUAAGGUUUAUAAUAGUCCCUCGGGAGUGGCCAAGCAGAUGUACUCAGAUUGUCUGAAAGACUUGGGCAAGGGACUUUCGUCUGGAUUCAAAUAUCUGGAAUACGAAAAGAAACACGGCUCAAAUGAUUGGCGGGCUUUGGGUGAUCUUCUGCCUGAACCCGUCAGGUUCUUCAAAGAAAAUGUCAGUGUGGAUAUGUUGCCGCAGCCUUACAUUGACGCCAGCUGCCCUGUGCUGCCAACCACCAACACGGUGAGCCAGAUGUUGCCCUCUUUGCCCUUCAAAACAAAGAAGCGUAAGGCGUCCCCCGAGCCCGACCCCGAAUCUGCUGCUGGGAAGCUGACUGACGAACAGGUGCAGCAGCAGAGGCAGCAGUGGAUGCAGAACCAGACAGAGGCGUUGAAGCACACAAUGGCAUCCACAGGGUUCAGUGCCAGCUCCAGGCCACCAAGCUCUGGCGGGUCUCCCUUGAGUAAUCCCACCUCCAGCACGCCACCUGAAACAGGAAGUUCAACCCAAGGGGGUCCGUCACCCAUGGCUGCGCUCAUGUCCGUCACCGACAAUCUGGGCACCCUCAAGCCUUCCUCGCCGAAGAAGGCUGACGAUGCCACCCCGAACCUAGUGAAUAACACCACAAAUGGAUCCCCGUCGGACAGUAAGCCAUCGCAACGGAGCCCCCACUCCCCAAACACUGCCCACCGGCGCGCCCUGUACCGCAGCCGCGAGCUCGCCCAGGCCCAGGGUCAUCCCAUGGAGACCAGUAUCAGUUCCAACACCAAUCACCUCCCGGACUCGUCCAUUCCCAUCAACAUUCUGAAGUGCACCAUCUGUCACGAGCGCUUGGAAGAUACGCACUUCGUCCAGUGCCCCUCGGUCGGGAACCACAAGUUCUGCUUCCCGUGUUCCAGGGACAGUAUCAAGAAGCAGGGGGCUGGGGCCGAGGUGUACUGUCCGAGUGGCCAGAAGUGCCCCCUGGUCGGCACCAACACUCCGUGGGCCUUCAUGCAAGGAGAAAUUGCUACUAUACUUGGAGAUGAGGUCAAAGUGAAAAAGGAGCGUGACACAUAGACACCAUGACGCCAACAUCUCAUGGCUUGGCUCUUAUGUGGCCUAUAUUUCAUCUGUAAAAUAAAAGGAAACAAAAUGUAUUCUAAAAAGAAAAAAAAAGAAAUUGAAACGUGGAAUAUUCGGCAUAACUAGCAGCUGGACUACAUAGGCACAGUUGCAAGCAGUAAAUUUGAGCAGGACGAUAUUAUAUUUUGGUUAUGUAAAAACAAAAAGUGUGGUUUAUAAAUGUAUAGCGCUAACAUUUGAUUUUAAAGUCGCAUACCGGCAGUUUCAUGUUGAAUAAUAAUGUAUUUUUGUAAAGUAGCUACUCCUAUCGAUCGUCUCAUGAUUAAACGUUGUCUUCAUUUCUUUGUACCGUCAGAAGGGAAAUAGUAAGGAAAGUCUGGGAACAAUAAUGUUGCAAAUUGAAUUUCACGGGGUCAUAGUUUGACUCGAUAUUCCAUGUUCAUGUGUAUAUCGUCCGCUGUUACAGAUAGACGCAUAUACGACCUUUAAAAUCAGUGACCUUUGCUAAAGUUUGCUUUGACGUAAUUUUUCUUCAAUAUUGAAAGUAGAAUAGCUCAAAUCAAUCGUACGGAAAUGAGUCGUUUUCAUAUUGAUGUCAUUCUUCACCUGAGUUUGAAACAUGUACAUGCAUUCAGUGUAAGAAUCCCGACGUGUCUCGAUUUUAAAGGUUUUGCGCUCACAACUUUAAGCAGUCAGUCGCAACAGUCAAACUUAUCACUAUCCCAAUACAUUUUAUCUUAAAUGUAAUGCCUUUGAAGUCAUAUCACUCAGGGUAGAGUCCACCUACAAUGUACAUGUACCUGUAUAUUCCCCAUACGUUAUAGCCGCCAAAAACCUAUUGCAGUCGAAGCUGGUUUCCAACUAUCAUACGUUAAGUUACAUGUUAGGAUUUUGAAGUGUUUUGUCCUUAAACCUGUUUUGUCUUAAUAUCCUGAGAAUGUUUCCGUAAAUAAACGUAGUUCCUGUUGUCAUUACAAAGUUUGAGCAGUAUUAUCAAACUGUCUUCGAACUGUGUCUAUUCCCAUAAUGCCAGAAAACGAAAACAAUUUUUUUUUUGGUUCAGGGCUUUUUAUGUGUUACCUAACUUUACCGUGUUCGAUAGAGUUCUUGUAAGCGACUUCUAGUACAGAAUGCAGGAAAUUAGCAUGAACUUGUGUCUUUUCUGAAGUUGAACUUGGUUUUUGCGUUUUGUAUUAAAUAUUACUCGCGCCGUGGCCAAAGUAUGUAGUGAUGUAUGGUUUGAAGUAAGAAAAAAAUAUAUAUACAGCGUAUGGUGAAAUAUAGAAAUCA